CAACAUCGCAUUUUUUGAUACUUUACCGAUGCCUGCCAUUACCCUAUCUACGUCUUUGUAGACAGAGGUGAUAAUGCCUACCGGUUGGGCGGUAUCCAGACUUACCACGCCAUCCGUCCUUCUGUCUCAUUGGUCAGUCACUCUUGUAUCGGAGCGUCGCGCAAAAUACCGCAUCUGGCUGAUAAUUGCAGCUCUCUCGCCGUUGGAGUUUCCGGGGAGGACUACUUGAAUAACAACGGUUGAUCAACUGUUUGACUUUAGUCUUCUUUUCGAUUGUGCCCUAGACUAGAGUGUUUGCACGAAGUAUUAACAUCAGGUAUUUACUGACAAUGACAGAGGCUACUUCACAGUUACCUGAAAACCACAAUGAGUUCCGGAGUGAUACCUUCACGACUCCUACGCAAUCCAUGAUCAGCAGCAUUGGACUUGCAUCGGUUAGUGACUCAGUAUACAAUGAAGACGCAGAUACUAAGGCGUUGGAGAAGAAAGUUGCGGAUUUGAUGGGCUUCGAGGCAGGCUUGUUUUGUAUGUCGGGUACCCUCUCGAAUCAAAUCGCUCUUAGAUCCCAUUUGAAACAACCUCCACACUCAGUCCUCUGCGAUUACAGAGGCCAUGUCUAUGUUCACGAAGCUGGUGGUUUGGCAACUCUUUCUCAGGCGAUGGUUACUGACAUCAUUCCAAGUAAUGGCCUUUAUCUCACCUUGGAAGAUAUCGUUGCCAGAUAUAUCCCGGACGACGGCGAUAUCCAUGCGGCACCAACCAAGGUGGUUUCAUUGGAAAACACCAUCCACGGUCUCAUUUAUCCAAUUGAAGAAAUUAAGCGUAUAAGCGAGUGGUGUCGUGCUAAUGGCUUGUCGAUCCAUUUGGACGGUGCUAGAAUUUGGGAUGCAAAUAUUGCCACUGGGGUUCCUUUCACCGAAUACGGCAAGUACUUUGAUUCGAUAUCUGUGUGCCUAUCAAAAGGUCUAGGUGCACCAAUCGGGUCCGUUCUAGUGGGGUCUGCCGACCUCAUUAAAAAGGCCAACCAUUUCAAGAAGCAAAAUGGGGGUGGUAUCAGACAAUGCGGUAUGUUGUGCAGAAUGGCUUCGAUUGCAAUCGAUGAAAACUUCUCCAAGAUGAAACAAUCGCAUGUCAUGGCCAGAGAAGUUGCCGAUUAUGCAGAAAGUAUAGGCUUGGUUUUGGAGAUCCCUUGCCAAACCAAUUUUGUUUUCCUUGACCCAUUGAAGAAUCAUAUUGAUCCAGCACUUAUCAGUGUGGUUGGAGAGAAGUAUGACAUUAAAAUCGCCAUUUUCCGGUUAUCCUUUUCCUUCCAGAAUAGUAGAGUGGCCGUGGACAACUUGAAAGCGGCUUUGAAAGAACUCAAAGAAGAAGCUGAAAGAAACCCAUACCAUUCCAACAAGGCUAUUGGUAUGUACAAUACUGGUAAUGGGAAAAAUUAACGAUGUUAUCAGCUCUUAAUAUAACUUUGUAUUCCUCUAAUCUCUUUCCAAUUGAUGGAUGAUCCAAGACACUUUAAAAACCUUCUCAAUUCCA